CUUGAAUUUGAUCAAAUCACUUACUAAUCCACGUUUGUCCAGAUAACGUGCACUUUUUGUGUAAGGAAAUAAUCCAGAGUGUAAUAUGUCCUAUUGCAAUCCAUUUCAAUACUUCAUAUUAUUUGUAUUGAUCAUCCACGUCAGUACAGCCCUCACAUCCAGUUGUACAAAUCAAAGCAGUUUCUCUCUAACCUUGACGAAAUUCUCGACAUCUCUCUACCAGGCGACUUCGAAAGCUGCAGGUAAAUAUGAUAAUGUCAUUGUUUCGCCGUCCAGCAUUGCAUUGGCAUUGGCGAUUACGUUAGUCGGGGCGAGAGGUAACACAACUAAACAAAUCAAACAAAUGCUUCGCAUGAUGGACGAAACGGAUGAAAACAUUUCUUGCACCAUCGGCGCGUUCAACAGGAACAUUAAAUCGAAUGGCAUUACUUUGAAAUCCAUCAAUCGUGUUCUAGUCUCGGAUGAUUUUCGCUUGAGCGAAGCCUUCCGUUCAACAGUACAGAAUCAGUUUGAUGUAUUAGUGGAAAAUGUCAACUUUUCUCUUCCUUCAACUUUGGAAGCUGUAAAUAAGCAAAUUGAAAGAUCAACCAACGGCAAGAUAAAGGAUUUGAUUCCAUCAGGAUCUCUCGGAGCCUCUACCAAAAUGAUUUUGACGAAUGCCAUCUAUUUCAAGGGUAACUGGCUCAAAGCCUUUGACUCUUCGAGAAGUAGAAUUAGGCCUUUUUACGUCGGUCACCAACUGAAAACGAUGCCAACAAAAAUGAUGGCUAGCCGAAGUUAUUUUCGAACAGCAUUCAUUAAAGAAGCCGACGCGCAGGCUCUUGAAUUACUUUACUCGGGUUCUCAAUUCAGCAUGAUUAUUGUUCUACCCAAUCGGUAUAAUGGAUUAGCUCGUAUCGAAUCUUUGUUGUCAUCUAGACUUCUCAGCUUAAUCGAUAGCAAACUGAGCAAAACUCUAAUUGAUGUCGUUAUUCCAAAGUUCAAAUUCGAAUCUUCACCUGAUCUUAAGCGCGUUUUGAGGAAUGUUGGUAUAGUUGAUUUGUUCAAUACCGACGCCGAUCUUUCUGGAAUUUCAGGCUCAAAGGAACUUUAUGUUUCUAAUGCAUAUCAUCGAGCGUUUAUUGAAGUAAACGAAAAAGGAACUGAAGCGGCUGCCGCUACGGCUUUUAGGUUUGUGGCGCGGAGUUUUAGGACAACUCCAUUUAUUCCAAAAUUCGUAGCUGAUCAUCCCUUCCUGUUCAUCGUUCGUGACAGGAGGAGCCAGGAAAUGCUUUUCGUGGGACGUUUCUACAAACCAGAAAGACAUUAGGCGAUUAGAAAAUCAAUUAGAAAUCACAGGUAAAUAGAGAUCGACUGUCAAUUGAAAGCCGCGGAGAACGGGGGAGGAUGUGUAUUUAUUUCCCGAUGGAUAAUGCUGUCUCGUCUAGAGAGAAGCGAUACUAAAUUAUACUUGCACCCCAUUUGAAAAUAGAGGUUGUAUUCCAGUUGUUUUGUUUUUCAGUGUCGGCUAUUACAAACUGUUAACCUUUCAAA